CACAGUAGCGAUACGGGCAGAGCAGACAUGGAGGCCCGAUUAACGAGAGAGGCCCGUGCUGACACAUCCAGGCCCAGCUAACGGCGAGUCGUUGGGGAUUUCAGAGCAUCUCGGGAUAUUUUACGGAUACUAGUUGCUGUAAGGAAAGAGGAAUUUUCACAACGAGGAAGAAGAAAUAGGGGGAGAUCCAUUUCGGGUCUCUGUUGAUUCAACGCAGCCGCCAUUUUGUUGACACUCUUGGAAGAUUAAAAAAAAAGAUAUGUGGCCACCACGUUGAUACACAUCAAGGCAGGACACAGAGCCAAAUAAUGUGAUCACUGUUUCUGGACAAUUUCAGAGUUGAAGGACGGAGAAAGAGGGCUGGACAGCCAAGAAGGGAGAGAAGCUGCUUAAAAGCAAGGAGAGCUUCACCCUCACUUUUACCCCUCCCCUUCCCCCUUCCCCCUUCAUCCCCACACAAAACUCUGGUAUCCACAACAUCCCCUCUCAAAUAAAUAUACACAACCCUUAUAAUUGCGAUGGAUCAGAAGAUUCAGGGUAGGACUGCAACUCCACCUCCACUUCACUCUGGUGCUCUCACAGGGGAGCGAGAGAAGGAAGGAGGAGGGGGUGGAAAGAAAGAAGACGAGGAUGAGAAGAAGCGGGACAGAGAAAAAGAAGGAGCUGCUGCUGUUCCUGCUGGCACAGGAGGUGCAGGUGGGCCAGGAGGUGCCAGCAGCGACCAGUCCCAUUUCUCCAUCAAAGAAAGCAACCUAUCUGAGGGCAGUGUCAAACUCAAGAUUGGCCUUCAAGCAAAACGCACAAAGAAACCCCCGAAAAUCUUGGAGAAUUAUGUGUGCAGACCGGCAUUCAGGGCGACUGUGAGGCAUACAAGUCGUGGAGGAGGUGGUGCUCGCGGAAACCGUACUGGUGUUACGAAUGAUGGGCCACGCACUCAGAGCCGGAGUCCUUCACAGGGCCGGGAAAAGGAGAGGGACAAGAGUCCCAGUGUGAGCAGGCCACCAGCAUCAUCAUCGUCGUCAUCAGCCGUCUCCACUAAAACUCCCACACCAGCCUCUCCUGCUCCUCCUCCUAGCAGCACUAACACCCUGUCACCCUCCCAAGUGAAUGGGAGCGCCCCAACAAAAAAGGUUCCACCAAAGACUGAUUGCAAGCCUGAUUCAAAGUCAGACACAAAAGCAGCUCUUACCACAUCUGAGAGACCCCUUAACCUCCAUCGCCCUCCACCAGACAGCAAAACCCAUUCCUCUGGGAAGAAAACACCAACUUCUCAAAGCAUCCCCCGCACUUCUUCACCUUCUUCACCACUACCUACUUCAAAAGAACCUAGCUUUGACGGUGUUAAGCCACCCCAUUACACUUAUGGCACAGAAGGUCAGAGAGACAAGGACAAAGGUGUCCAAAACUGGGGAGCACCUACAGUGACUGAGAAACUAGCUCAACUUAUUGCAACCUGCCCACCAUCAAAGACUCCUAAGCCAACCAAACCUGCAAAGAGUGAGCCCACUCCUCCUCUCCCAAGCUCAGGCUUUAUGGCUCCCACGGCCAAGCAACGGGACAGGGCUAUGGCCAAUAGGAACACAUAUUCAAGAAUAGUGCACCUUUCACCUCCACCCCCUGUGUCAAGACCACCUGGUCGGCCCUACGGCUCGAGGAACAAAGACAUCAUCUCAGAAAAUUCCCCCAUCCUGAUGCCACUUAGGAAGGAUGACUUGGAUGGGUCUGGAAAAGGUAUAGUCAGCAGUGACAACAACAGCAUUAACAUGAGCAGCAGCAACAGCAGUAGUCGCAGCAGCAGCCCUGCAUUCACCUACGGCAAUAACCGCCUGCAAGCCAUGUCAAAGGACAGCAACAAUGACAACAGCAACAGUAGUAUUUCUAAGUCACAGUUGCGUCCUGUUCACAGCUUACCACACACCACAUCUGCUCAAUCCUGUCCGGUUUCAUCCUCUUCCUCCAUCUCAGCUGAGCAGAGGACAGUGAGUGCAGUGAGUCACCUUGGACUCACUGUUCCCUCACAAGGACACCAGGCACGAGAGUCCCCAUCUCUGGUAGAAGAAAGCGGUGCCGGGGAGAGGGAAAAGGACAGCGACAGCCUCAGAGACUUAACCAAGUGCCCUCCUUCAGCAGCAACAGGAAAGCUAGAGGGGAAAGACAAAGCAGUGAGUAAUCAAUCAUUGUGUGCCGAGAGGGGCAAGAGCUCUAGUCCAAAUAAACGCAGUCCCAACCCCGAUAUCGGUCGAUCUGGUCGAACUAGCAGUCCUCCUGAGCCUGUUAGACAAAGAGCACUUUCUCCAUUGGAACCAGAUGAUGAAGAGAGCCCACACACGCCUCUCAGGGAUGAUUCUCCUGAUUCAUCCAUAGACUCUCAGGCAGAGCAGGACAGCAAACCCCUUAAAAAACGCAGAGGAAGGAAACCCCGCUGGACUCGUGUACUGAGCAAGACACAGAGUCAAAGAGCAGGUGACUGUCCAUUCAGUGAGAACAAAACCAUCAUGCCUUUAUCUUCAAACUUGGAAACACCAUUGGCACCAGUCAAACGACCUGUAGGCAGGCCUCCCAACCCAAAUAAGGUCAAACUAAAUCCUGUACAACAAAGUGCGGUGUCACAGCUCUUCCCACCCCAGCCUAAGAAAAGGGGAAGGCCAAAGUCCAAAAUGCCAAGGCUCGAUGCACCAUCCCCAGGGAACCCCUCUAAAAAGCUGGUCCCCUGCAAGGUCUUUUCGUCAUUGUUGAAGUCCAAAGAAGAGCAGGACCCCCCUGUUCUUCACCCAGAGGUGGACUUUAACCCUCCUAAACCUAUGCCUAGAAAACGCGGACGUCCCAAGCGCCUUCCUCCUACCUUACCCCAAGAGGGUCAACCUCCUACAUUGGCUCCAGAAGCAGGAGACAUGGGAGACAAAGGGUUCCACACCAAAGGAAACGGGCAGCUUAUCAUGAAAACUAUUAUCGGAAAGAUCAAUGAGAUGAAAAGUGUGAAGCGGAAGCGUAUUCUCAGUCAAAUCCUUUUGGGUCCUAGAACAGAAGACACUCCUAAAAUCAGCACCAGUGGAGUGUCUGUCUCUGGGGAAUCUGCGACCCAGUCAUUAUCCUCCCUAGCUGCUUCGUUUGGGGGAAAAUUAGGGCCUCAAAUUAAUGUCAGUAAAAAGGGAACAAUAUACAUGGGUAAGCGAAGAGGCCGUAAACCAAAAACAGCGGCUAAUGUUACAGCUUCAGCAUCAUCACCAGAACCUUUUCUGUCUCCAAACACCAAUUCGCCUCAUCAUCAUCAUCAUCAUCACCAUUAUCAAACACAGUCACACCAGCAGCACCAGCUCACUUCCUCAGAGGUAUUUCCUUCCCCCUCCCUCUCACAAUCUAGUGGAGGCCACAGUCCCAUCAGUGAUGCCAGCUUUGUGGAGCCAGGCACAGUGCACUUUUCAGGUCACUCUCACUAUUCUAACUCCCAUCAUAGCCACAGCACAUUCUCCUUCCCUCCCCCAACAUUUUCAGCCCCGAGUAAAGUACUGGGUUCAGCCUCUAUGACCACAGCAGCUUCCCAGAAAAAGUCAUUUUACCGCGGAUACCCUCACCAUCACCAUCAUUACAGACAGCACUACCAUUAUCAUAAGCUUUCUCCUCCUAGGCCUCUCCAUCCCACUUCCCCUGCUCCCCUUAGUGAGCUAAAAGAAGCCACUCCCUCACCAGUUAGUGAGUCACACAGUGAGGAGACAGUACCCAGUGACAGUGGCAUAGGAACAGACAAUAACAGCACAUCUGACCGUGGUGAGAAAGCUGGAGGGACAGGUGGCUUAAGUGGGAUUGGGAUGCUGCCCGGAAUGGGCAGUGGAUUGUUAAUGCCAAGUGUCAUUGGUUCAGCUAUGGCUCCAGGGAUAGGCCUUAAUUCUAGAAGCAGGCGUCGACACUCCGCCGUGCUUAUGGAACAUCCCUCACCGUCUCCUUCCCCUCAUGGUGCAAGGUCAUCACCGGAUCCCCGGAAACCCCACCCAGCAGCUCCUGCCUCUUCUUUAAUGGGCCACAAGGAGAAACAUAAGCACAAGUGUAAACGUCGCAGCCACGGAUGCCCUGGCUAUGACAAGCUAAAGAGACAAAAGAGGAAACGAAAGAAGAAAUACUUACAGAUGCGGUCUCGGCGGCUUGACCCAGGUUUUCUUGCUGAGCUGGAUGAAAUAAUUGUGAUGCUAAGUGAAAUUCGGAUAACACACCGUCCCACAGGUCACAGACUCGGCAGUGGAAUUGGCAUAGCAGCAGGAGCAAGUAGAAUGCCAGGGGUGGGGAACAGAGCUAGUAGUGGCAUAGGAGGCACAAGUGGUCCUCCACCUCAUCAUUAUGUUCACAGGGAUCUGCUGCCAACAAUCUUCAGGGUUAAUUUUGGCAGGUUCUACUCCCAUCCUGCAUACUCUUGUGACCCGUUGCACUAUGUUCGUAAACCAGAUAUGAAGAAGAAACGGGGACGGCCUCCCAAACUUAGAGAGUCCAUGUCUGAGGUUCCCUUUGUACCUGGGCUUGGGUUUCCUCUCUCAAGUGGAGGUUUCUACCACCCUUCUUAUGGGGUUCCUUACUCAUCAGGGCCCUUGGGGUUGGGCUAUUAUAGAGGCUAUCCUCCAGCAAGCGCUUUGUAUCCCCAUCCACACCACCAGUCACCUCACACAGCCCCAUCUCACCACUCUCACCACUCCACAUCUUUCCCUCCUCCUCCCCCCACAUCUUACUUACAUCACCACCCUUCUCAUCUUCUGCUGAAUCCCUCAAAAUUUCACAAGAAAAAACAUAAGCUGCUUAGGCAAGAGUACCUGGGAGGAGGAAGGUCCCCUGUCCUGUUCCCACCCAUGUCCUCUGAGCUUUCUUUUAACUGGCACCAUAAACACAAACACAGACAUAAACACAGAGAGCGUUGCUCUGAGGAAGACAGGGAUGAAACAGCAAGGAGUGGGUCAGGGACCCGAGUUAGUUCAGGGAUUUCUGACAAAGGAGAACGAGUUGUUGGUUUGGGGAUGGCAGAGUCUGUACAAAGAUGCCGCUUUGGAAGAGAGACCUCCAGUACCACUGCCAGCAAGCAAGCUGCUGCUACCUCUGCCAACUCUCCGUCUUCUUCCUCUUCCUCAUCUGCAGAAAGAUAUAAGCGCAAAGAGAGCUCAUUGUCCUGUCUCGGACCUUCUAGGCUUACUCUGGGUAAUGGCUCUAAAGGCCAUCAUCCAGUAGAAUCCUGGUUCAGGAUGGGCAGCUCUGAAGCAGACUACUCUAAACUUUCACGGAGUCAAGCGGCACAUGGCCAGGGCUCAUUCUCAGACGGACGGGCCGAAGAUCCAGCAGGUUGCUCGGACAGUGAAGACGAGGAGCCGCUCACACCCACAGAUGAUGUAGAAGCUCAAGAUUCUCCAAAUCUUACAAAUCUGUUUGCCUCUGCUCUCACCCGCACUUCACUGAAGGGAGGCAGGAGCAGAAAGACGGGGACAGAGAGCAACUUCUCCCACACUGAUCGACCGAUAAGGAAGGACCGCUCAACGUCAGCAGAGAGGAGAAAUUCAGGGUCAUCAGGUAUCCCGACAAGAGGUGUUACACCUGAAGGCUCUGAAGGAUCUCUCCACCAUCGGCAUCAGCACCAUCACCAGCCCUCUCUGUUUCACUCCCACAGCUCACCCUCCUCCUCCUGCCUCUCUCCCUCUCAGGACUGCUGCCUUGAUGCCUCCCUGCCCCACCACUCCCAUCGAGUGCAGCCACCCAAACACAGCCUGCAUCAUGUCAACAAAAUUCUGCGUGCCAAAAAGCUGCAGAGACAAGCUCGCACAGGAAACAAUGUGGUGAAGAAGAGGGGCCCGGGACGUCCCAGGAAGUAUCCACUGACUUCCCCGCCACCAUCCCCAUCCCCAGUAGUUGAGUUGAAUCAGACCAGGCACAGGGAAAGUGGGGGAGAACGGCUGUUGGGAGGAAAAGGGUGGGAGGGUGACACCGUUUCAGAUGCCAUUGAGUCGGUAGUCCAGGGGCAACGUCGAAAAAGUCAAAAAAGGAAGCACUGGGACAGAGAUAGAGAUGAGGAAGAGGAGGAGGAGGUUGAAGAGGACAGGAUGGUAGAAGAGAUUGAAGAACAAUUACUAGAGAGAGAGGAGAACUUGGGCAACUUGGCAGCACGGUCCAGAGCUGGAACAGGAAGAAGCUGGCCUGGGCAAGAAGAGCACCAGCACUUUCAGGGCCCAAUUGAAAGCAAGCCAGAUGGCCAGGGCUCCUCAGAGUGCUCAGGCACUGUCUCCAGAGAGCAAGCUUCAUGUAGGCCUAUGACCAGCCAACGAGAGAAGAGAGCAGCCAGACCCCCAAAGAAGAAGUUCCAGAAAGCAGGACUGUACUCUGAUGUGUACAAGACUGAAGACCCCCGCAGUCAGCUUCUGCAGCUGAAGAAAGAGAAGCUGGAAUACAUACCUGGGGAGCAUGAAUAUGGAUUGUUUCCUGCUCCAAUACAUGUUGGGAAGUACCUGAGACAGAAGCGCAUUGAUUUCCAGUUGCCUUAUGACAUCCUUUGGUUGUGGAAACAUGAUCAGCUUUACAAGAGGCCUGAUGUUCCUCUUUAUAAAAAGAUAAGAUCAAAUGUUUAUGUAGAUGUGAAGCCUCUUUCCGGCUAUGAAACAACUACCUGUAACUGCAGACUUCCUGAGACCCAGACUGAAAAAGGCUGUCUGGAUGAUUGCCUGAAUAGAAUGAGCUUUGCGGAGUGCUCUCCCAGCACUUGUCCAUGUGGUGAUCAUUGUGACAACCAGCACAUCCAGAGACAUGAGUGGGUUCAGUGUCUGGAGCGGUUCCGUGCGGAGGGAAAGGGUUGGGGCAUUCGCACCAAGGAGAGUCUCCGCUCUGGACAGUUCAUCAUUGAGUACCUGGGGGAAGUGGUUAGUGAGCAGGAGUUCAGGAGCCGUAUGAUGGAGCAGUACUUCUCCCACAGUGGCCACUACUGUCUGAACCUGGAUAGCGGCAUGGUGAUUGACAGCUACCGAAUGGGCAAUGAGGCACGCUUCAUAAACCACAGCUGUGAACCCAACUGUGAGAUGCAGAAGUGGUCAGUGAAUGGGGUGUACAGGAUUGGUCUCUUUGCUCUCAAGGACAUCAGCAGUGGCACAGAACUCACCUAUGACUACAACUUCCAUUCGUUCAAUACAGAGGAGCAGCAAGUGUGCAAGUGUGGAUCAGAGAGCUGCCGAGGCAUCAUCGGAGGAAAGAGCCAGCGUAUUAACGGCUUGCCUGGAAAAACAGGAGGGGCUCGUCGGCUGGGUCGUCUCAAAGAGAAGAGAAAGUCAAAACACCAACUCAAGAAACGAGAGGAAGAGUCAAGUGACAGCAACAAGUUUUAUCCUCAUCUCAUCAUGAAGCCCAUGUCUAACAGAGAGAAAAAGUUUGUGCUGAACCACAGAGUUUUUCUCCUGAGAAACUGGGAGAAGAUGAGGGAGAAGCAGGAGCUGCAGAAGAGAGAGAGUGAGAGAGAAAGGGAUGCCAGCAGCCUCUCUAUAUAUACACGCUGGGGAGGAGUUAUCCGUGAUGAUGGCAACAUCAAGUCAGAUGUGUUCCUGACGCAGUUCUCAGCUCUGCAGACGUCAAGGUCGGUUCGUACACGAAGACUCGCUGCUGCUGAAGAAAACACAGAAGUCACACGCACUGCACGCCUUGCACACAUCUUCAAGGAGAUUUGUGACAUGAUUACAAGCUACAAGGACUCAACUGGCCAGACACUUGCUGCUCCACUGGUGAACCUCCCAUCCAGGAAGAGGAACAGCCAGUACUAUGAGAAAGUGUCUGACCCUCUGGAUCUGAGCACCAUUGAGAAGCAAAUCCUCACUGGCCAUUAUAAGACUGUGGAAGCAUUUGACACAGACAUGCUCAAAGUGUUUCGCAAUGCUGAGAAAUAUUAUGGUAGGAAGUCAUCGGUAGGCAGGGAUGUCUGCCGGCUGAGGAAAGCCUACUACAGUGCUCGUCAUGAAGCUGCAGUCCAAAUUGAUGAGAUUGUGGGUGAGACUGCCAGCGAAGCAGACAGCUCAGAUUCACUGGAGCGUGACCAUGGACACCACCAUCAUGGCGGAGGGUCUCACGACAAGGAUGAUGAUGUCAUCCGUUGCAUCUGUGGAAUGUACAAGGACGAAGGCCUGAUGAUUCAAUGUGAAAAGUGCAUGGUGUGGCAGCACUUUGACUGUAUGCGACUGGAGACUGAGGUGGAGCACUACCUAUGUGAGCAGUGUGACCCUCGACCUGUAGACAGGGAGGUUCCUAUGAUACCCCAGCCCAGCUAUGCACAGGCAGGCUCCGUCUACUACAUCUGUCUUCUUAGAGAUGACCUGCUGCUACACCAAGGGGACUGUGUGUACCUGAUGAGAGACAGCAGGCGCACACCUGAAGGGCAGCCCGUCAGGCAGUCCUACCGUCUCUUGUCUCACAUCAAUCGAGACAAACUCGACAUCUUCCGAAUUGAGAAGCUCUGGAAGAAUGAAAAGGGUGAACGGUUUGCUUUUGGUCAUCACUACUUCCGUCCACAUGAGACGCAUCAUUCACCAUCACGGCGAUUCUAUCAGAAUGAGUUGUUCCGAAUGCCGCUGUAUGAGAUCAUCCCCCUGGAGGCAGUGGUGGGAACCUGCUGUGUCCUUGAUCUUUACACUUACUGCAAGGGACGGCCCAAGGGCGUGAAAGAGCAGGAUGUUUACAUCUGUGAUUACCGCUUGGACAAGUCGGCCCACUUGUUCUACAAGAUCCAUCGUAACCGCUACCCAGUCUGCACCAAGCCAUAUGCCUUCAACCACUUCCCCAAGCGGCUCACACCUAAAAGAGACUUUUCGCCCCACUAUGUUCCUGACAACUAUAAGAGGAAUGGGGGCCGAUCGGCCUGGAAAAGCGAACGACCCAAAGAUGCAGAAGGCUGUGAGGAUGACGGCUCUUCAUGCGAGCGGGGUGAGGACUUCCAACUCGAGCCAGAAGAUGGAAGAGGAGUAGAGGAGGACAUAGACAUGGCUCCAGAGGAUCCUGAACACCUUUCAGCCAAACCCAGGCGAGCCGACCGUGGAAGAGAAGGUGAAGAAGAUGAAGAUGAGGAGGAAGAGGAGGAAGGACAGGAGGUUGAGGUACGCAAGGAGCUGGAGGAAGGUUCAAGCGAGAGGAUAGGAGAGAUGCUUGAACUCCCAUCGUCUUCAGCCUCCUCACCUCUUCAUCAUCCAGCUCUGGGCAGGAGGGAGGCCCAGAGGGAGCGGCUCAACAAGAUUCUGUUGGAUCUGCUGCACAGAACACCCAGCAAGAACGGUGAGGGACCGGGAACAAAGCAGGGGGCCAUUGAUGUCACUUAUCUCCUUGAGGAAGGAGCUGGGCGGCGGCUACGGCGACGGACGCUUGGAUUUGGAGAUUUUGUUGGCAGAAAAUAACGCUUCUACGUGCCUGUCACUCAUGCUGCCUUUUACUGUCGUGAGAGAGGGGCAGAAAAUGGAGAGACAGCAAGAAGGGCAAAAAUGCAUUGUCGGUCAUCCAAAUAUUACACACCACAAUGCAUCCCUGGGAGGCGGGGCUCUACAAGUUCACCUCUUCCCAACACUGUCAUCUCAACUCUGAGAAGAUGGAAAGGGUUUGGAAGUGCUGACUCCAGGGCAGUUUCAGCUCGUCAAGAGUUGUUAAGGAGCACGACAAGAGACCUGAUCCAGAUUUCCUGCUUAUUUAAGUAGUGUCAUGAAACAACAGUUUUUUGUUUUUUUUUUAAAUUGAACAUAGGAGAAAAAACAAAACAAAACAAAACAAAAAAAAAACAUGCACUUAAUGCAUUGAACAUUACAAACAUGGGUAGAUGUAUUCCACUAGCAAGCGCCAUAAAUGACACAGGUACUGAAUAGGAAAGGAUAGAGGGAGGGAUGGUUGAUUAUUUAGCUUUGCAAGGAGAUGGCGGCUGAAGAAUUGUUCCCCCUAGUGGGAUCUAGCUGCAAUGACAAAAUGCAACAAUUAUGAGAAGAUCUGCACCAGGACUUUUGGGGGUGGGGGGACGGGACAUCAUAGGAGAAAUGUUAAAUGAGCGUUAAGUUGGACGGUGUGCUCAGAUGCUGCUCUUAAGAAAAAGAGAACAAGGGUGGUGAACUGCACUUUUGGUACCGUGGAUAUUGUGAAGCUCUGUAAUGUAUCUAUAAUGAAACACACUAACACUCUCACAGUAUUGGAUGAUGCAGUCAAAAAAAAAAGCAAGUUAAAAAGUCUAUUAUCUUUUUCCUGUUAUACUAUAGUAACUCAUGUAGGAACAGAAGAAGCCUGUGGCGUGUUUGUUUUUAGAGAUAAAAACGAGAGGGGGGGAUUUGAGAGUGCGCUUUUGUCAGUCAAAGUGUCUUGUUUUUAUUUUUUACUUUUUCGUGAGGCAGUCAGCUUCGCCCCUCUAUUUUGAAGUAUCAUGAUUCACCAGCUUAACUAAAUCAGGCAGGGAGUUGAGGGGAUGCCAGCUUCAACUGUAAUGCCUUACACAGCUGUGAUCUCCCACUGCCUUGCCUGCUAGUGUGUGUGCGUGCAUACACACUUAUUGUGUGUCUGACAGAUUUCAUGAAAAUUUACCUUUUAAAAAAAAAAAUUUAAGGGCUCGAUGGCAAUUAACAGUUUUAAGAAAACUAUGGAAAACAAUACUUAACAUGAAAUGUAUCGUGAUGGUCAUAUUUUCUUAUAUUCUGUGAGAUGGGCGGGAUGAUGUAUACUGUAUAUUUGGAGGGAGGGUGUGAUCCCUUUUUUUUGUCUUCUAAGUUCCUGGUUGCCAUGGAGAAUGUUUUAACAAUUAAUUGUGAUAUUUCAUGAGAUUUCUUUUUCCCCAAAUGCCACUGUUAAAAAGGGACAGCCUGCAAUGUCCCCCAUGUGGUGAACUGACAGAGAAAGUAAUGAGAAUGAAACACCGAUGGAGGGAGAGAUGGAACAGGAAGCUGUACAGUGCCAAGUUAUGUAAAUAAACACACUUUACAUUGAGGAGUGUCUCCAAAAGCAAUAUCUUGAAAAUGGAUUUUGUUUAUUAUUGUACUGUACAGGACUCAGCCCUAAAUGUAUUAUGAUUAUUAUAAUAUUAUAAUUUCUUCCGUUUGUAUUACUAUAAUGAAGACACUUAAGUGCAGAGGAAAAUGAUUUUUGUAAUGUCCAGAAAAUCUCAUCAUAACUGUCCUGACGACAUAAAACUUAAGCUGAGUUUUUUUUUUGCCUAUAAAUUAAGUCCAUCUAUGUACUGCAUGAGCGUGAAGAAUGUCAGACGGACACAGAAGGCAUUGGGACAUGACAGUGACAGAGCAACGACACCUUUGUCACUGAAUUUUGUUUAUAAUAUUACUUUUAAGGAGAGAUGUACUCCUUGAUUUUUGCUGCAAAGUGUUGAACACUAAAAAAACAAACCAAUAUAAAAAUGUUAUGAUAUUUUUAAAUGGUGACAGAAACAAAAAGUAAACCUGUCAGCCCAAUAUCAUGCUAUUAUUUUUUUUGUUUUUGUUUUUUUUUUUUUGUUUUUUUUCAAAUAGGAAAUGGUUCCGUUUUGUGAUAGCAGUUAUUGUAUAAUGCUUGUCCUUGUAUUUGUGCGUUUUGUGCGAUCUGUUUAGUUAUUUUUAGACAAUCACAAAAUAAGAUGCAAGCAUUGUAAAUGGCAGACUGGCUGACAUUUUGUGAUGUGUACAGUUUGUCAAAAAAAACUUCUUCCACUCGUUAAAAGUUUGUAAUUAUGAUUCUUAAGUCAUGAAAAAUGCUGUUGGUUUUUACUUUUUGUUUUAUAUUUGUUAUUUUGUUUUUUGUUUUUUAAUAAAAAAGCACUACAUUAUUGUGAA